GGACCUGCGACAUCCAUUCGCAGGAAACCCUUGCAGCGAGAGAGCGAGCGCAAGGCGACUCGCAGCUCGGGGCUUCGUGAUUUUGUUCUUCUUCUUCGUCUACUCCGGCGCUUCUCCAAACCCUAGACGAAGAUGUCGGGAGGCUUCUUCCGGGGUACUUCGGCGGAUCAGGAUACUCGCUUCUCCAACAAGCAGGCGAAGCUCCUGAAGACGCAGAAAUUUGCCCCGGAGCUCGAGCACUUGGUGGAUAUGACGAAGGUGAAAAUGGAUGUGAUCAGACCGUGGAUUGCAACAAGGGUGACCGAGCUCCUAGGAUUUGAAGAUGAAGUUCUCAUCAACUUUAUAUACGGACUCCUGGAUGGAAAGGAAAUAGAUGGGAAACAGAUACAGAUCCAACUGACAGGGUUUAUGGAAAAGAAUACAGUGAAGUUCAUGAAGGAGCUAUGGGGUCUUCUUCUCAGUGCUCAGAAGAAUGCUAGUGGAGUUCCGCAACAGUUUUUGGAUGCAAAGGAAGAGGAGAUUUUAAAGAGAAAGGCGGAGAAUGAUAAAAUUGCGCUGGAAAUUCAGAAGAGAAGAGAGAAAGAGGGAAGGGAGUUGGAGCAAGAAAAACACCAGACACGGGACGGGGAGGAUCACAACCCAAAAUUGGCUAAUGUUGCUUUUGAUUCAAAGGAAGAGAGAGAUUCGGAUGUGAGACAUCAUUCAAGAGCAAAGAACCAGCACUCUAGAUCUCGAGGUUCAGACGAUCGUUCUCCUUCUCACAGGCAGUCACCUUUGCCAAGUAGGUCUCACAGCAGAUCAAUUUCCAAAUCUGGGAGCUACUCAAUGGAAGAUCGUAAGUUAAGGAACAGAUCUGUUUCGCCAGAAUCUCGAAGGCCUUCUGUCUCUCCCAAGAGACGCUCUCGAUCGCCUUUGCGACAGCCCAUCCCUUUUGAAAGGCAGCACAGAUCUCCUCGACGUUCUCUCUCGCCAUCUCGCAGGCGUUCACCAAGGAAAGCUCGUUCGCCUGUCAGGAGGAGAUCGCCCCAUCCAAGGAGGAGAUCUCCUUCACUAUCAAGACGUAGAUCUCCGUCUCCAUACCGAGAUAGAUCUCCUUAUGGACGGCGGAGAUCUCCUUCAUUUCGGCGCCGCAGAUCUCCUUCUCCUGCACGUAGAAGAUCACCUUCUCCUGCUUUUCACAGGUCUCCAGUUCGACGUAGGCCUUUCACUCCACCUAGACGUAGGACACCAUCCUCAGUACGACGCCGGUUGCCAUUGCCCCCGUCAAGGUCACCUAGAGUUCGAAGGAGAUCACCUGUGUCUUCGCCUAGAACUCGUGGUUCGAAUCCCUAUCUCUCUCCACGACAAAGGAGGAGUAGCAGCCCCUACAGGAGCCGUAGUCCAUAUCCUUAUCGGAGGGCUUCAAGUAGGGAGAUUGAAAGGCGCACAAAUGGUGUACGCAUUAGUCGUGAUGAACACACCCCUAGAAGGUAUCGAGAAAGAAGAUCACCUUCUCAGCAUAGUGACGAUAGAGAGAUGGCAGAGCAUCUUGAUACAAAGCAGAAAGCUUUAGACUCCACAUCACGCAGGUUGCCCAUAACUUUAAGAUCUCCCCAGCGUGAUUUAACUGAUCAUAAUGAGAUCCAUAACAGAGAGCAGAGUUUGCAUCUACAGAAUUCUCCAAAUCAUUCAGAGUCUCCCAGCCUUUCAGGAAAAGUUCCAAGUGAUAACAGGAAACAAUUGCCUUGUCAUGACAGCCCGGACACAAGUAGAGAAGAAGACAAAGCAAGUCGCGCUAGGAAAAAUGUGCAUCACGUUGAUACCUCAAGCAGGAAGAACAAAGAUUUAUUAACAGAUGUGCAUCAGAAGGUAUCUACAAAUGACUUGGAUCGAAAAGAAUACUCUCCCAAUCAAUCAGCUGAUGAUUAUGCUUCAGCUAACCAAACUCGUCAUGCUGAUUUGAAAUCAAUAAAGAAGAUCGACGAACAGAAAACUGACAGGGAUCGGCAGAAGAAACUUGAACAUCAACCAUCACAAUCGUCACAUGAAACAGAAUUUGGUGUGGGAAGAAUAAAGGGGCGAAAAUUUUAUCAUGACGAUGUAUAUGAACGUGUUGAAUCAGACCAUGAAACAGAAACUAGAAAAUCCAAGAAAAAGUUGGAUGAAAGCAAUGAAAUAACUGUAGGUUCAGAUUCCGAAGAAGCUGAAAGGGGUAAAAAGCGAUGGCACAAGAAGUCCUACAAGCACAAAAGACAUUUGAAUGAUAGCUCGGAGUCUGAUUCUGAGACAGAUAAGGAGACGAAGAGGAGAAGGAAGGAUGAGAAAAGGUUGAGAAAGGAGGAAAAGCGUCAAAGGCGUGAAGAGCGGCAUCGCAGAAAGUUAGAGCGCCGUGAGAGCAAGCAAAAAGCAAAGCCCGUGGAUACUGUUACCCCACCAUCUGAUCUUGAUGAGGACCAAGAUGCUGCUCAUGAAUUAAGCGAUGCACGAGAGACGGAAUCUGAGCAGAAAAAGCUCGAGUUUGAGCUUCGAGCUAGGGCCCUCGAGUCUCUUAGAGCAAAGAAGGCUACAAAUCGCUGAAUUUUUAAUCAUUUUUGGCCCCUUUUUUCUGAAGUUUAUUCAUGUCUGUUUUCUAGACAGAAAGUAAACCUAUUACAUGGCAUGGUUUUUUGAUGUAAUCUGUGUUUAAUUUGGCAGUUAAUAUGGCUUAAUGAGGAUUUCUUGAGCUGUUCUUUUGAUGCAAUUUAGUUCAGAUUUAGCUGGUAGGCAUGCGGUAACAUUUACUUCACUGUGUAACUUUUGAAGUUAUGCCUACUCGUUUAGUUUGAUCUUAAUGUUUACAACUUUCAACGA